CAGUCCACGACUGUCUUUCAAAGCGGACAGACGACCGGACAGAAAUGUCUUUGUACCAAACGAUUUUUAUAUAAAUUUGUCUAAACGAAUCUAGUUUAUAUAGCAAGAGUGAACGAACAAAUUUUUUUUUGUGUUUUUUUUUUUUUAAUUUUCACGUGUUUUUGUGACCGACUGUACUGAGUGCGGUGUUGUGCGGAUAUUUUUGGUUUUUGAUACUUGAUAUUUUUUUUUCUUUCUGUGAUUUUUGUUGGAACCCGGAAAAAUGUGGCCACCUAGAUUGCUGCGGUGGGCAGUCACCGUCCUACUGAUAGUCGCUGUUAUUACACCUGCAUCAGAUUCCACCACCGUUCGCAGAAGACUCCGCAAGCCCAGCAAAGUCUCCACUUCAGUGACGUCCAGCGUGUCCAGAUCUUCAGACCAGAUCAUAUCAGCUAGUGUCAACAGGCCUAAGAUACGUGGUCGGCCCAACAUCGCCAGCAGAAAGUCCUCGGCGGCCAUUGACAAUUCUGUCAGUACUGAUCAUCAUAAAGACAAAGAUGGAUAUAAGAUUGUGUGCUACUACACCAACUGGUCCCAAUACCGUACCAAGAUCGGCAAGUUCACCCCCGAAGACAUCCAGCCUGACCUCUGUACCCACAUCAUCUUCGCCUUCGGUUGGCUCAAGAAGGGCAAGCUCAGCUCCUUCGAGAGUAACGAUGAGACCAAGGAUGGAAAGACCGGAUUGUACGACAGGAUCAACGCUUUGAAGAAGGCUAACCCUAAGUUGAAGACUCUGUUGGCUAUUGGUGGUUGGUCCUUCGGUACCCAGAAGUUCAAGGAGAUGUCAGCUACCCGCUACGCACGUCAGACAUUCAUUUACUCCGCGAUCCCGUACCUUCGUGACAGGAACUUCGACGGUCUGGAUGUGGACUGGGAGUACCCCAAGGGUGGAGAGGACAAGAAGAACUACGUUCUGCUGCUGAAAGAACUGCGUGAAGCUUUCGAAGCUGAAGCCCAAGAAGUGAAGAAACCUCGUCUGCUGCUCACCGCUGCCGUCCCUGUUGGUCCUGAUAACAUCAAGGGUGGAUACGAUGUACCUGCUGUUGCUAGCUAUCUGGACUUCAUCAACGUCAUGGCAUACGAUUUCCACGGCAAAUGGGAGAGGGAGACUGGUCACAAUGCUCCUCUGUACUCGCCCUCAUCAGACUCCGAGUGGAGGAAACAGCUGUCCGUCGACCAUGCAGCACAUUUAUGGGUCAAACUUGGAGCUCCUAAAGAAAAACUUAUCAUUGGUAUGCCAACAUACGGACGAACAUUCACCCUCUCGAACCCUAAUAACUUCAAAGUGAAUUCUCCAGCCAGCGGGGGUGGGAAAGCCGGGGAAUACACAAAGGAAGGAGGCUUUCUUGCCUAUUAUGAGGUAUGCGAUAUACUGAGAAAUGGCGGCACAUAUGUAUGGGACGAUGAAAUGAAGGUGCCUUACGCUAUCAAUGGAGACCAAUGGGUCGGCUUUGAUGACGAAAAGUCUAUCAGAAACAAAAUGAGAUGGAUUAAAGACAAUGGUUUCGGUGGUGCUAUGGUCUGGACUGUGGACAUGGAUGACUUCAGCGGCAGUGUCUGCGGUGGUGAUGUCAAAUACCCCUUGAUUGGAGCUAUGAGAGAGGAACUCCGAGGCAUCUCCCGAGGAAAGGACGCUAAAGACGUCGACUGGGCCUCCGUAGCCUCCAGCGCUGUCAUCGAGGUCACUGAGAAACCACAACCCAUCAAGAUCAGCCUCUCCGAUGUCCUCACCAGGGUCAAGAAGCCGGUCAAGAGCGUCAUCAUCAAGAAUAACAACGCUGCUGUUGAUAAGAAUAAGCGUGAUCCACAAAUCCUUUGCUACCUUACCUCCUGGUCUUCUAAGAGGCCGUCAGCCGGUAGAUUCCUACCAGAGAACGUUGAUCCUACCCUUUGCACCCACGUUAUCUAUGCCUUCGCUACUCUCAAGGAUCACAAGCUGGCUGAAGGAGAUGAGAAGAAAGACGCUGAAAUGUAUGACAAAGUUGUGGCUUUGAGAGAAAAGAACCCUAAUUUGAAGAUCCUCCUCGCCAUCGGUGGCUGGGCUUUCGGUUCCACCCCCUUCAAAGAGCUGACCUCCAAUGUUUUCCGCAUGAACCAGUUUGUUUACGAAGCUAUUGAGUUCCUCAGGGACUACCAGUUCAACGGUUUGGAUGUCGACUGGGAAUACCCUAGAGGAGCUGACGACCGUGCAGCCUUCGUCUCUCUGCUCAAGGAGCUCCGUCUAGCUUUCGAAGGAGAAGCCAAAACAUCAGGACAACCACGACUUCUCCUGUCUGCUGCUGUGCCUGCUUCCUUCGAAGCUAUUGCUGCUGGAUACGAUGUUCCUGAAAUCUCCAAAUACUUGGACUACAUCAACGUGAUGACAUACGACUUCCACGGUCAAUGGGAGCGCCAGGUCGGACACAACAGCCCUCUAUUCCCUCUCGAGAGUGCCACCAGCUACCAGAAGAAACUUACUGUCGACUACUCUGCCCGCGAAUGGGUUCGCCAAGGUGCUCCUAAAGAGAAGCUGAUGAUCGGUAUGCCUACAUACGGCCGAUCCUUCACAUUGAUCAACGACACACAAUUCGAUAUCGGUGCCCCGGCUUCUGGCGGCGGUUCCGCCGGUCGCUUCACCAACGAGGCUGGUUUCAUGUCAUACUAUGAAAUCUGCGAGUUCCUCCGUGAAGACAACACUACUCUGGUGUGGGACAAUGAGCAGAUGGUGCCUUUCGCGUACAGGGAAGACCAAUGGGUUGGUUUCGAUGACGAGAGAUCGUUGAAGACUAAGAUGGCUUGGUUGAAGGAAGAAGGUUUUGGAGGAAUCAUGGUGUGGUCAGUAGACAUGGAUGACUUCAGAGGGUCAUGCGGAACUGGAAAAUACCCCCUCAUCACAGCCAUGAAGCAAGAACUUGGUGACUACAAAGUCAGACUGGAAUAUGAUGGCCCCUACGAAUCUUCUAGCCCUAAUGGACAGUACACCACUAAAGAUCCUAACGAAGUAGUGUGCGAAGAAGAAGACGGUCACAUUUCGUACCACCCUGACAAAGCUGACUGCACCAUGUACUACAUGUGUGAAGGUGAAAGAAAACAUCACAUGCCUUGUCCUCAAAACCUGGUAUUCAACUACAACGAAAACGUAUGUGAUUGGCCAGAAAAUGUUGAAGGAUGCACCCAUCACACUCAAGCGCCCGCUGCCCGGAGAUAAGCUUUUCAUCAAGUAGAGAUAGACCAACUAUAAACCAUUCAGUUCAUGAUUGCUUAUAAAAAUAUCAUUUUUAAAUCAUUUGUUGAAGUAUUUAGAUAUUACUCGGUGUUUUAGGUCCUGUUGUAGCUAUGUAAAUCGCAAUAAUUAUAAAUACAUAGUGUUCAAAAUUAGGUUAUCUAUGUAGAUGAUGUUAUUGAUUUUCAAAGAGCUCUUGUCUAACUUCGAUCUUCAUGGGAUAUGUAAGAUUGUUUUUGUAUUUUUAUAUCGAAAAUGAAAUUUAUUUAAGAGGAUUAUACGCGCCAUUAUAGUUAGUGCCACAGUGACGGCCGACGACAAUAUGUAAUGGGGAAAAUUUUGUGGUCAAGAAAAACGGAAAAUAUAUCCUGGAUCCUUACAUUAGUAAUAAAUGGAAACCGAUCAGCGCACUGAAUUGCCUAGAAGUUUAUCUUUUAAAAAUCUGAUAUUGAUACUUUACAAAUCACUAAUGAUCUAUUCUAUGGAGAAUUUAAUACUUUAACGAGAGACUGUUAUUUCAACUUAGGUUAUUCUUCGUAGAAUUAAUCAUUGCCUUCAUAAAAAGCUUGGAAGACCACCAAUAUUUUAGGUACUUAUGUAUUAUAUUAUUUAUUGGCGUUAGUUGGCUUCAUGGAUAGUGGAUGAAAGGAAUUGUGUGAUAAACAUAAUAUGUAAAUUUCUCUAACAUUAUACUGAAACUUCUUAGCGGUAUCUAUUGUUAAAUUAUAUUUCUUAGAUUAAUAAUUUACUCUCCCAAAGGUACAUAAUUACAAACUAUUGAAAGGAAGACGAAACGAUGCUUCAGAUUUUCUCUUACUGAUUUUUUCUCUAUUGACGUUAAACAAAUUAAAGUAGACACGCUAGAAAAAUAUGUAGAUACGUUUUAGGAGUCAAAAGUAUAUAUAAAAGAAGUUGGAAAAAUUAAAGAAAAACCCACCUGGAAGUCUGAAGAACGAUCACUGCCUAUAAAUAAUACUCGUCUUCAACAUACAAAAUUGAAUGAUACUCAAAAAGGUGAAUUGAACAAAAAUGAUGUAUCUUUGGGACUGUAUCAGCAUAAUAAUAAUUUUAAGUAGCAAACCGAAGCUUUUUGUACUUUUAUUAAUACGAAAUACUCAACAACAGCUGUUUCACUGCCUAAAACUGCCACCCAUGAAACAAAUGGGCAACCAACACUGAUGGAUGGAAUCAGUGACAAAAUUGGAGUACGUGAGUUUAUAAUAAUUAUUACUGUAGUUAGUUACGUGGUUAAGCUUGUAAAUAUUGUAUUUAGAUACAAAAAGAGAUGUAAGAGUAUUAUUAUACAUUUUUUAAAAA